GGACCUCCUUCCUACCCUGACCGCCAAUGGUCUACAGUGCCCGGCAUUCUACAACCCUGCCGACUUUGUCAUUGAAGUCGCCUCGGGCGAAUACGGUGACGUCAAAGGCGAUCUCGUGCGAUACGCUGAACGGCACAGCCAAGUUUCCCCCACCAGCAAUGGCCUCAAGUCAAUCGCCAAUGAAGGAGGAGAUCUCAACGAACCCCAUGCCGUCACAAGCCCCUUUGCUAACGCAGGAGGACUAUCAACUAGUGACCCCUGCUCCGUGUUGUCUGCAGAUGAACGUUCUCCUCAAGCGCUGCUAUUUGUCGCUCAUCAGAAAUCCGAUGGUGUUCCACUUAAGGUUGACCACAAACCUGCUGGUCGGUGUGUGUAUGGGCCUUCUCUACUACGACAUCGGGGGCCGUGCAGACAGCUUCUUCAACAACGCCACCCUGGUCUUCUUCUGCGCAAUCUUCCUCACCUUUACCGGCAUGAUGCCAGUAGUCCUGAACUAUCCUCUGGAAGCCGCCGUGUUCACGCGGGAACGCAACAACUCGUGGUACACGCUAAAAGCCUACUACCUCUCCAAGACCAUCGUUGAAUUACCUUUCCAGGUCGCCUACCCAACAGUAUUCGUGGCCAUCGUAUACUGGAUGACGUCACAGCCUGCGGAGAUGAGCCGCUUCGUCAUGUUUUCUUUCCUGUCCAUCCUUCUCACCUUAGUCGCCCAUUCCCUGGGCAUGUUCAUCGGUGCCUUCGCAAGCAUGCAGGUGGCGAUAUUUCUGGCACCAGCCGUGGCCAUUCCUAUGCUCCUAUUCAGCGGUUUCGUGGUGACGCUGAAGGCGAUGCCACACUACCUCCACUGGAUAUCCUACGUGUCAUUCGUUCGCUACGCGUACGAAGGGUGCGUCCUCAGCGUGUACGGAUACGACAGGCCUGAACUUGAGUGCGGCGAAGAGAAGGACGGCUCAGUUCCUUGCCUCUUCACGGAACCAUCCGAGUUCGUGAACUUCUUGGGUCUGAACGAAGUUAGUGUGGAAGUGUGUGCCGGUGCGCUUAUCGGGUUUGUGGUGAUCUUCAACGUGGCAACAUACGUCGCACUCAGGAUGAGGGUGAAGAGGACGUUCUUAAAUCGAUAAAAACUUUCAAAAUUUUACCAGAAGAAAUAAGGUGCAAAUGAGACAAACAUGAGGUGUCACGUAGACAAUCGCCUAACGAGAGAAAGUUUAACUUGAACAACUUUUGAAAUGCAUCGGGUGUGAGCGACGUCAAACACUACUUCACUGGUCGACUUCGUCGUGCAGCCAAUGUAGGUCCCUAUUGUAGACCGGCAAACACAACAGCAGCCCUUCGUCGAAGAACCUUGCGUUGACCAAUG